CAAGAAUGAGAUUAAAGCAAUGAACUACAACAGAAACAGCAGGUCAGAGCGAGAAGACGAGUAAACAAAGCUCACAGUCAAGACGCUAUCUCUACGCAUUCAAAUUUGUACAGAUUCCUCUUGCGACUGAAUGGAAGACUGCAGCCAACAAGAACAAGAUUAAAAUUGUAAUAACAAAGUUACUACAACCAAGAAAGCAAAUCUAAACAACAGGAGGAAGAAAACUCACAAUCGAAAUAUCUUCAGCCACAUUUGCAUCAAUUCCUCUUUCAGACAGAAUGGAAGAAAAACCGAGAGUCAUCCUGCUGGGAAAAACCGGAGCAGGAAAAAGCAGCUUUUGCAAUACCCUGAUUAGAGAACCUGAAUUUGAAGUGGAUUUUUCUUCAAGCUCUUGUACAAGUACAUGUCAGACCAAAGAGAAUGAUCAAAUCAUAUUGAUUGAUACUCCUGGUUUCUUUGAUACCGGCACAGAAAAAAACAAGAAUCUCAAAUCUCAGGCAAUAAAGAUUAUGAUAGAGUGCUCACCUGGACCGCAUGCUUUUCUCAUUCUCCUCAAAGUGGAGAAAUACACUGAGCAAGAGAUCCAGGUUAUUGCAAAAAUAAAAGAGUUAUUUUCUGAAGAGGCUUUUAAACAUGCUGUACUGGUCUUCACUCAGGGUGACCAGCUUCCUCAGCCCAAGAAAAUCGAACACUUUGUCAAGGGAAACAAGGAUCUGGAACAGCUUUUAGAAAAAUGUGGUGGCCGCUGUCAUGUUGUUGAUAAUAAAUACUGGAACAACAACCAGCCAGAUUGUUACAGAGACAACCAGUUCCAGAUCAGACAGCUGCUCUACACGAUCAAAAUGGUGAAGCAACACAGAGGCUGCUACACCAAUGAGUUGCUGAAAGAAGUGGAGAGAAACAUCCAGGAAGAGACGAAGCGAACCAGAUCUAAAGAGGAGGCAAAGAAAAUUGUCUUUGAAAAGUUCCAGAAGAAGGCAGCUAAACUAAGUACAAGGGAGUUACUGGCAGCUUUUCUUGGUCAACCAAAAAAAGUUGCGUUGGUUCUUGGAAUAGCUUUUGUUGUUGUUGCUCUUGUAGCACCAGCUGUUGGAGUACCUGUAGGUUUAGCUGCUGGAGUUGGUGCAGGGAUAGCUGCUGGAGCUGCUGCUGGAGUUGGUGCAGGGGUAGCUGCUGGAGCUGUAGUAUCAGGGGUAGCUUCUGGAGCUGCUGCUGGAGCUGCUGCCGGAGCUGCUGAAGCUGCUGCAGAGUUUGCUGCUGAAGCAGGGGCCACUAUCAGAGGUCAUGUAGCAGAAGCUCGUGGACGCGCUGCAGGAUAUGAACACGUUAAAACAGAUUCAGAUGAAGAAGUUGAAGCAAAUAGAGCCGAGAUGAUGUGUGAACAAUCAAACACACAGAGAAAAACAAAGGCUGAAUAGAGAGGCAUACCUCUGAGAAAAAAAACAAUCCUCAAAAACAAACAAAAAAAGUUUGAUUUUGAUGCAGGAUACAUGAUGGAAUAAUUUUUUUUCAUGACACUUUUUUUGGAGUUGUAAAUGAAACUUUUCAAGUAGCAACUUUUGAAAUGGUUCAAUUAUAGAAACAGUUUUUCGAAAAGGUAAAAACGGAAAGGUUUUGUUAAGAGUACACUACUUCAGUAUAGUGAGUGUAAAACCUCAAUAUAGGAUGAGUUGAGGAAUUUUUUAAGUCACUGUAAAGCAAUGUGAAGGUGUCAAAUGUUCUCUACAUUAAUAACUGAUCAGUGAUCAGUGGGAUUGACUGGAUACUUAUGAGUAUGAUGACAAGUAGUUUCAUUUGGGUACUUGACGAUACAGAGAACUGAGAGUAAUAAAACAUUUCUGCUUCUUGAAACGUGUUUUGAUUUCAUUAAUUUCAAUAAAUCAACAUGUUUACACUCUCUUUGUAAAUCAGGAGUUAAAUGAACAUGUUCCACAUCUGUCAGGAUUCAUUGUUGUAUAUUAAUUUCGUCGAUCACUGUUGCUUGUCUAAAACUUCAGUCCUGAUCACUGUACAGAGAUUUUUUCAAAGCUUGUCUUGUUUGAAUUCAGUUUUUUGCUUUCUGCUUCUUCAUGGAAACCGAUUUUUAAAUGUAACAGAUUCCUUAACCAUGAAACAAUAUGGUGGCCAGUGGCGGCUGGUGGGGAAAUUUGUUGGGUGGGCUAAGAAAUGCUUGUAUAAUACAGAUUAAAUAGUUAACAGAGUUGCAUAAGCAACAUCACCUAUGAUAAACAGUUACAUCAAAUACAGCUAGUUUUUUAGUGCUCUAUAUCAACUCUCUCUGUCUCUCUCUCUCUCUCUCUCUGACACAUUUACGCACUACAGUUGUGUUCCAACCCAACUUCAACAACUGCCCACAGAUAGCCUGCUGCAACUGUUUGCUGACAUGUAGUGCCAAACACGCCUUCAAUACAACAGCUCACCUCAGCAAAAACAAGGCGUCACAGUCCUUUAACAGGUCAACAUGGGCCUACCUUAUUUGAAAAGAAACUCACAUCGACACCUUUCUGGGAUGCAAACAGGUUAAUCACCAUGUCGUUGAAGUCUGGUAAUUUUUGGAUGGAGUCCAUCUCGAUAGACAGUGUGGCAAGUGCACUCAAUCGGUCUAAAUAAUUGGAUUAUCCAAAGCAAAUAGACCACCUUGUUCAUGCUAAUACCCGCCAUAGCUGAACCUUUUCUCCCUCCUUCCCAACUCUGGCACAAAUAGCAGCACCGCACAACUUCAGUUACAAAAUGCUCAGUAAACCACGGGGGGCGGGACAUGACACCUGUCAAUCACUUACAAGAACGAAAUG